GACAGUCGAGUCCGUGAGUGCAAAAUUUGUUAAUGGAGGAACGGGAUCUCGUUCGUUCUCCGCAAGUGCAUAGCAGUUUUCAAAAUUUCGCUGCCUUAUCACCGAUAUUUCCCAUCGAAUUGUACCUGUGAUGAUUCAUUACGUCGGUGGGCGUGCCGGGAGUGUGAAGUUCUAAAGGGGAACCGCGGACCAUAGGUGGAAAAUCAUCCGAAACGAAGUGGGUGGUGGUGGUGAUUGCGUGAAGAAAGCACCAACAAAAACAACAGGAUUCCUGCUUGCUGCUGGUGCGAGGAGAAAAAACGGAACGGGUCUCUGAUUCCCGAGUCGCGGUGCGGACAUCAGGAUGAGCUCGACAGGUGUGCUGCCCUUUGUGCGGGGAAUCGAUUUCACCUUCAACGAUUUCAGCGAUGGACGCUUUCCGAAGAACAUCAAGCACAUGUCCGGGGUGCAGUGGCUCAAGCUGGACCGGACCGGGAUCGACGAGAUCCCGGAAGAGAUGGGCAAGCUGAUGAAGCUGGAACAUCUCUCGAUGAAGAACAACGAGCUGGAGAAACUGUACGGCGAGCUGACGGAGCUGAACUGUUUGCGGUCGCUCAAUAUGCGCCGGAAUAACAUCAAAAGUUCGGGAAUACCGAAUGAGCUGUUCGAUUUGGAAGAGCUGACCACGCUGGAUCUGUCGCACAACAAGCUGAAGGAGGUGCCGGAGGGACUCGAGAAGGCCAAGAGUCUGCUGGUGCUGAAUUUAAGCAACAAUCAGAUCGAAUGCAUCCCUCCUUCGUUGUUCAUCAACUUGACGGAUCUCCUUUUUCUGGAUCUUUCGAGCAACAAGUUGGAGACUCUUCCUCCACAGACACGACGCCUUUCCAAUCUGCAAACGCUGAUUCUGAACGAUAACCCUUUGGAGCUGUUCCAGCUCCGACAGUUGCCCUCGUUACAGAAUCUCGUCUGUCUGCAGAUGCGAAAUACCCAGCGUACUCUAAAUAACUUUCCUACGUCCCUCGACAGUUUGUCCAACUUGCAAGAGCUGGAUCUCUCCCAGAAUGCCCUAUCCAAACUUCCGGACGCCCUGUAUAACCUGGCCAAUCUUAAACGUCUCAAUCUGAAUGACAACGUCAUCCAGGAAAUUUCUCCGCUUAUCGAAAACCUCUCCAAGUUGGAAACCCUGAACCUUUCGCGCAAUCAGUUGGUCGUUCUUCCGGCAACGCUGUGCAAACUGCAAUAUCUUCGCCGGCUGUACGUCAACGACAACCAGCUGAACUUCGAGGGCAUCCCAUCGAGCAUCGGAAAACUCGGUGCCCUGGAAGUUUUCUCCGCCUCCAACAAUCAACUGGAGAUGGUCCCGGAAGGGCUCUGCCGGUGCGGUUCGCUCAAGAAGCUGAACCUGAGCUCGAACCGACUGAUCACCCUGCCGGAAUCGAUUCACCUGCUGACGGACAUGGAACAGCUGGACCUGCGGAACAAUCCCGAUCUGGUGAUGCCACCGAAACCGGUGGAAGUGCAACGGGGCGAUGGGCUGGCGUUCUAUAACAUUGACUUUUCGCUGCAGACCCAGCUGAGGCUGGCCGGAGCGAAUGUGCCGGCGCAGGCGCAGGUGGCCAACAGCAGUAAGGAUCCGAUUGCCAGGAAAUUGCGGCUUCGCCGAGGUGCCCGCACCGAUUCAACCGAGCAGGAUUCGGCCAAAAUUCUUAAGGGCAUGCAGGACAUUGCCAAAGAGAAGAAUUCGCUCGGGUUCGAGGAUGAGAAGGCGGAGAAUUUGAAGCCCAAGCGGUGGGACGAGACUUUGGAGAAGCCGCCGGUGGAUUACUCGGAGAUAUUCGAGGAGGAGGAUGGCCAGUACGUGGGUUUGACGAUUUGGGAAAUCGAGAACUUUUUGCCGAACAAAAUCGAAGAGGCGGCGCAUGGGAAGUUCUACGAGGGGGAUUGUUACAUUGUGCUGAAGACGUCGCACGAUGAUGCCGGUCAGCUGAGCUGGGAGAUCUUCUUCUGGAUUGGGACGAAGGCGACGUUGGAUAAGAGAGCAUGUGCGGCAAUCCACGCGGUGAAUUUGAGGAACUAUCUGGGAGCGCGGUGUCGGACGAUUCGUGAGGAGCAAGCUGACGAGUCGGACGAGUUCUUGGCGUUGUUCGAUACUGAAGUCGCGUAUAUCGAAGGCGGUCGAACACCGACUGGUUUCUACACGAUCGAGAACUUGGUGUACAUCAUACGGCUGUACAGAGUUCACGAUGCGGGUGCGAACAUCCAUCUGGAGCCGGUUGAGGUCACUUACGAAUCCUUGGAUCCGGGCUACGUAUUUCUUCUGGACACCGGUCUGCAGAUCUUCAUGUGGUACGGGUGCAAGUCAAAAAAUACGCUGAAGUCCAAGGCCCGGCUGAUCGCGGAGAAGAUCAACAAGAACGAACGCAAGAAUAAGGCGGAAAUCUUCCAGGAAUAUCAAGGCAGCGAAGGGGUGGACUUCUGGAAGGCCUUUGGUUUCUCGGAUGGACAGGGGCCAGGCGAGAAACCGUCCAGUCAUGUUGACCCCGACUUCCUACCCAUUCCACCAAGGCUGUACCAGAUCCAACUCGGUAUGGGUUACCUGGAGUUACCGCAGGUUGAAAUCCCGAACAAAAUCCUACACCACACGAUCCUGAACAGCAAGAACGUCUACAUCUUGGACUGCUAUCUGGAUCUAUUCGUGUGGUUCGGCAAAAAGUCCACCCGCUUAGUUCGGGCAGCGGCGAUCAAGCUCUCGCAGGAGCUGUUCAACAUGAUCGAAAGGCCAGAAUAUGCCUUGAUCACCCGCGUCCAGGAGGGAACCGAAACACAGGUGUUCCGAUCGAAGUUCACCGGCUGGGAGGAGAUCAUAGCCGUUGACUUCACACGAACGGCGCAAUCCGUUGCUCGAACCGGAGCCGAUCUUACCGGGUGGGCAAAGAAGCAGGAAACAAAAGCAGAUUUGGCAGCACUGUUCAUGCCUAGGCAACCGGCAAUGACGUUGAUCGAGGCCCAACAGCUGGCCGACGACUGGAACUACGAUCUGGACGUUAUGGAAUCGUUCGUGCUGGAGGGCAAGAAGUUCGUCCGAUUACCGGAGGAAGAGCUAGGAAUUUUCCACACCGGCGAGUGCUACGUAUUCCUCUGCCGGUAUUGCCUCCCAGUGGACGACGACGAUGACGAAGAGGAAUCCACGGAUGCCGUAGACCACGUGGCCAACGGAAAGCUGAAACCCUCAUCGGCGCAACCUCCCGCAGAGGAGAUCCAGUGUGUAGUCUACUUCUGGCAGGGCCGAGAGGCGGGCAACAUGGGUUGGCUAACGUUUACCUUCACGCUGCAGAAGAAGUUCAAGUCCAUGUUCGGCGAAGAGCUGGAAGUGGUCCGGAUACACCAGCAGCAGGAAAAUCUCAAGUUCAUGUCGCACUUCAAGGGCAAAUUUGUCAUCAAGAAUGGUCGACGGAGGGAGAAGCAGAAAACGCCGGAGGGCAAACAACCGGUCGAGUUCUAUCAUCUGCGGUCCAACGGAAGUGCUCUCUGUACUCGGUUGAUCCAGAUCAGGACGGACGCGACGUUGUUGAAUUCGGCGUUCUGCUACAUACUGUUCGUACCGUUCGAAACGGAUGACGAUUCCGAGUCAGGUAUUGUGUACGUGUGGAUCGGGUCCAAAACGACAUCCGAGGAAUCCCGUUUGAUCCAGGAGAUCGCCGAAGACAUGUUCAACAACCCGUGGGUCAGCUUACAGAUCCUCCACGAGGGCGAAGAACCGGAAAACUUCUUCUGGGUGGCCCUGGGCGGACGCAAACCGUACGAUACCGACGCCGAGUACAUGAACUACACCCGGCUGUUCCGCUGUUCGAACGAGAAGGGCUACUUCACGGUGGCGGAAAAGUGCUCCGACUUCUGCCAGGACGAUCUGGCCGACGACGACAUCAUGAUCCUGGACAAUGGCGACCAGGUGUUCCUGUGGCUGGGCUCACGCUGCAGCGAGGUGGAAAUCAAACUGGCCUACAAAUCCGCACAGGUUUACAUCCAACACAUGCGCAUCAAACAGCCGGAACGACCGCGAAAGCUAUUCCUCACGCUGAAGAACAAGGAAUCGAAACGAUUCACCAAGUGUUUCCACGGAUGGAGCGCGCACAAACGACCCCCGGAGUAGGCCACUCUUCCCGUGGUUGGUGGGAUCGAAACAACAGACAAGACAAACAGAAGCGCACCAUAAUGCAUAACAAUGUGCAGUGACGAGACAGUACGAACGACAGAAGGGUGUGAAAUUAUCAAUCGUGUAUGAAAAUAGGCAAGAAUGUACUUAUUUUUCGUAAUUAUAUUUAUUUUAACUGUUAUUCAAGUUUUGCAAUUUGGAUGUGCGGUAAUCUAUAAACAAACUGGUAACAAUUCCUUUUAGCUGUUAUGCCUAUGGGUUUUGGUACCAUGCCAGCUUUCUUGUAUAAUUGGACAUAUUUUUAGAAUUGGUUAACAUUCAGAAAGAAGACAAAAGUUCUGUAAAUAAAAUUAUACUGGAAGUAUAGCAACUGUUUCCUUAGAAAGCGAAUAGCAAAUCGAAACAGUUGACUGUUUCAAAACUCUAAAUUGUAAAAACAUAUUAGCGAUAUUUUGCUGUCAUCAUUAAUUGUUAAGUGCAACAAUAUUAUAUACACAACUAAACUAACAUUAUACUCACAAAUAAAUACAAUAUUUAAGCACA